AUGUGUGUUCUUUCAGGUUUUUACAUCAGUGUGGAGCCAAAUUCAUCAGAAGUGGCUCAGCUCCUCACUCCGCUGCUUCCCGCGUCUGUAGAGAUGUGUGUGCGCUUCUGGUACCAGUUGCCUGCAGAGUCCUUUAAAUCUCUUGCUGUCCAUCUGCUCUGGAGUGGAGACUUGCAUGAAAAGCUUUGGGAAUCUUCUAACACGACGUCUCUGAACUGGGAGGUGGCUGAAGUCUCUGUGUGGGCCCCUGCCGAGUUUCAUGUGGUAUUCAAAGCAAUUAACGUACCAGGAAUGACCUCUACCGUGAAGGUCGAUGAUGUCUCUAUAAACAGGGGAGCUUGCGGUCCAAGAGGAAGCUGUGAUUUUGAGUCGGGACCUUGCUCUUGGGUCAAUCAUCCCACUGCAGGAGGACACGACUGGGUUUCAUCCUCUGGAGGAGCCGUGGGCCCACCAACGGACCACACUAUUCAGACGUCUGAUGGUGUUUUUCUGUUGAGCUCCCAACAGCACCUGAGCCACAACAGCAGAGCUCAAGUAUUUUCUGAGUGGAUUCUUCCCCAGGACACUCCCUCCUGUCUUUCCCUGUGGUCCUACAAGAAGAGUGAUUUUGAGACAUUACGGUUACAAAUUCACUCAGGACUUGGGGAGGAGGAUAUUACGCUCAACAUUACCACCAGGGCUGCAGAAUGGACCAGAUUUACUCAUGAACUCAUGACCAGCAAACCUUUCCGGUUGCUGAUUGAGGCAGAAACAAAACCAGCAGGAUACAUCGCACUUGAUGACAUUAGCAUCAGUCCUGGUUUAUGUCAAGCUAAUGAGAGUAGCACUGAGUUUUUGGGCUGCGAUUUUGAAACCGACUCCUGCGGUUGGAAAGACGACAGCGAUGGACAGGCUAAAUGGAUCAGAGGCAGAAAUGGGACCAACAAUUUGGGUUGGUGCAUGUUGGUGACGGAGACGCGAGCAGAGAUCGAGAGUCCGGCCGUGCUCCUCAGUCCUUUGAUGCAACAGACCUCUGCUGAAUGCACUUUACAAUUUAACUACAGCAUGUAUGAACAGGAGAGGGGUGAGCUGAGCGUGUUUCUUCAGUCUGCUCCUGGGACCUCAAGCCUUCUGUGGUGGGGGUCUGGUCUCCAUGGAGAUGAGUGGCGCAGCGCUGAGGUUAUGACUGGUCGAGUCCCGCACAACUUCUUGAUCCGUUUUGAAGCCAGAACCUCCUCCGGACCCGGACACAUCGCUAUCGACGACAUACAAUUCUCCAGAUGUUCUCUGCCAGAGCCAGAGCCUGAGUGUGCAGAGAAUAUGUUUAGGUGCAAAAGCCAGGCGUGUGUGGAGCUCAGCAGAGUUUGUGACUUCAGUGAUGACUGUGGAGAUCGGUCCGAUGAAAGCGACUGUGAAAAGCAGGGUGUGACUGAGCGCUGUAGUUUUGAAAAUGGUCGGUGCUAUUGGUCAAAUGGUGCGGCCGAACAGCCUGUGGCAAAGUGGACUCUCCUCACGGGACAGAGGGGCUGGCCCGAGCUCGGACCUCCACGGGACCACACCAAAAACUCUGCAGCAGGACAUUAUUUGACCCCCAGUCAGAGGAAAGACCAGGCAUCAGAGAUGCUCUCCAGAACAUUACUGCCAAGCUCCAACUGCACUGUGCGGUUCUUUUACCACAGUCUGUCCGCUGCUGGAGGGAGUCUCACACUUCGAUCCAGGACUCAAAGGAGCGCUGCAGGCGAUGUUGUUGUGUGGAGUAGAAAAAAACAUCACAGCUACAACUGGCAAAGAGCAGAGGCCACAUUCUCACCCUCAGCCAAGAGCAAGGUGGUCUUUCAUUAUGAACAUGCAGAAGAGCCUAAUGGCCUUGUGGCUGUGGACGACGUCUCUUUCUCUGGGGCGUGUCUGUUUGAUCCGGUGAAUUCCGAGCUGCCGGACGCUCUGACCACUUCAGCUCCUCUUCCCUCCAGCAGCAUGACUCCUGCCACCACCGCCCCUGUGCGCCCAUGCCAGGAAAAUGAGUUUUUCUGUUUGUUGUCCGCUGGUACAGUUUGUGUGAAUGCAAGUGCACAGUGUGACUAUCACAAAGACUGUCCACAAGGAGAGGAUGAGCGCGGGUGUGGCCCAUGUACAUUUGAAAGUGAUGAAUGCGGUUGGACUGACAUUACUGAAGGACCAACCAAAUGGAGGAGGGUUAAGUCCAGUGAGACCUUGGUGCCCUCAACCGAUCACACCACUGGAACAGGCUUCUACAUAAAAGUGGAUUUCAGUGAGUCUCCAUCACAAACAGAAGUCCGUUUACAAAGUCCCUCUCUUUCUCCUGGAUCUGCAUAUUGUCAGCUGCGGUUUCACUUCUUCAUAUCGGCUGAGGCUUCUGGGUCACUAAACGUGCUUACGCAGCAACAAGAAGGUGAAGCAAUCCUGUGGUCACGCAAUCACAGCACCAGAGCACAGUGGACGACUGAAAAUCUCAUGCUCGGACCACAGCAAAGCAGCUAUAAGCUCUGGUUCAGCAGCGGAAAUGAUGGAACCAUACAUAAAGAUUUAGUUGUAGCUUUGGAUGAUCUUUCCUUCAUCAACUGUGAGAAGUCUUACCAACCACCAGCUUUGCCUUCACUUGGCUGCUCAUUCGAAGACGGCCUUUGCACAUGGUCACAAGGAGCUGAGGAUAAUUUGGACUGGACUCUUGGCUCUGGUCCGACUGGAACUCCUAACACUGGGCCCACUGGGGACCACACCACUGGAAAAGGGAAAUAUCUUUACAUGAAGACAUCAUCAGCAGAUCAGAAAGGGAGCAAGGCACAGCUGAAGUCUACAGGGCUGCCCUCUGCUGCUGAUGAGGGGUAUUGCUUUAGCUUCUGGUACCACAUGUUUGGGCCAACAGUGGGCUCCUUGAAGAUGUUCUUACAAAACACAGACCCAAUGGAGAAAACGCUGGUGUGGCAGAAGUCCGGGAACCAUGGCGACCAGUGGUUGCUCAUGCAAAGUCAUGUGACGGCGAGGAAGCAACAUCAGGUGGUGCUGGAGGCGACCGUAGGAGGCGCAGCGGGAGACGUAGCCAUAGACGACCUCUCCUUUACACCUGGGCCGUGCCCUGACUAUGAUGUGUGUGACUUUGAGGAGGACAGUUGUGGCUGGGCAGGGGACAGCGCUGGUGACUUUACGUGGAUCAGACAAAAUGGCUCCUCACAAAACUCUGGCCCCAACAGCGACCACACGACCAACACUCCCAUGGGACAUUACUACUACCUCUCCCCUACAUGGGGCGAUCAAACAGGACACACCGCUUCAAUCUCGUCUCCUCUGUAUCCGCCCGAUGCCGGCUCUUGUCUGCAGCUCUGGUACCACAUGUUUGGAAAAGACGUUGGGACUCUGAAUAUUUACCAGAGGAGUGCAGACGAGGCUAAAUCCGUGCUACUGUUCUCCCAGACCGGAGACCAUGGCUCAAUGUGGAGAUCUGCUCAGGCCGCUCUGCUGCCCCGAGUCCAGCCCUACAGGAUUGUGGUGGAGGGCAUUGCACUGGGACCAUCUCACAACGGUGGUAUCGCCUUUGAUGACGUACAUUUGACGGACACUCACUGUCCACCUCCGGGACACUGCGACUUUGAGACCAGCCUCUGCAGCUGGACUAACGUGGGGCAGAUAGACCAGACCGACUGGCUCAGAGGCACAGGAGCAGGACCGGACUCUACGGGACCACCUGUAGAUCACACCACCAACUCCUCCAGUGGUCAUUACGUGUACACUGACAGCUCUGUGGGACAUUGGGGAGAUCAGGCUUUUCUCAUCAGUGAAGUGUUUCAGCCGUCCACCAGAGGGCACUGCAUCACAUUCUGGUACCACAUGUACAGAGAACAUGUUGGCACGCUCAGGCUUCACAUCAAUGACAGAACAACUCAUGAGGCUGGAAAUGUGGAGGGUUUGUUGAAGUGGGAGGAGAGCGCGAGCGAGGGACAGCGCUGGAAAGAGGCCAGUGUGACCAUCAAACACCAGGAUCCAUUCUGGUUUGUGUUUGUAUAUCAAAAGGGGAAAAGCUCAGAGGGAGACGUUGCUCUGGAUGACAUCAGUAUUUUUCCUUUUCCUUGUUACUCUGAGCCUGAAGUCCACCCUGACGACAAUGGAGCCUUGACCAUUGGCCUUGCAGUUUGUUUCACACUAUUGGCCGGAAUCAUCAUCUUCGCCGUUCUAUUUAUUAUAACACGGAAAAGAUCAUUAAAGGGGACUGCUCAAAAUUCAACAAUGGCUCUUUCAGACUCAAACGAGGACAAUAUCCAGUUUGGGUUUUUCAACAAACUAUACGACUCAUCGCCGCAAGAACCAACUGCAUCUGAUGCUUAG